UCCACGCCAAACUGCCUUCCGUCAUCUACAGUUUGGUUAACGAAAGUCCAAUUUUGAUGGAAUACGCGUCCGCAUUUGACGGGGACAUUGUGAAGUGCCCUUAGUAGUCGCUAGUUUUAUUGGACGGAAGGGACAGAGGAGAGGAGGGGGAAUUGUGAGUGUGGCCGGGCGGUCAUCUACAUUAAACUGCGUCCUUCACGUUGUUUCCGCUCACGUUUGACUCCUUUUAAACGUGGUUAACAACACACGAGAAGUAUAAUGUAGUGGGGUUUAUUUUUUGUCUGUUUCGACGGCGUGCGGAGUAAGCAGUUUUAGCGCUUAAAUAAAUGCCCAAACGGUGCUCGUUGCUCUGUUGGGAACGACGUGCGAAACGCCGCUGAUAGGCUAAUUAGCCUCGCUAGCCGCCGGAGGUUGGCCCAGUGCUAGGACACACGCAUACAUACAAGUUGAGCUAGCGUGUUUGUUAGCCAGCCCGCAUCUUCAUUGUGUACUUAUUAGCCCCCGAGCUAGUUACUAACCUGCUUGGGGGCGCUUAUCAGAGGAUGCUUCGCUCUCGGGCAACUCAAGUUUUACUUGUCUUCGCAUUUACUUCGGGCACCUUUUUAAAGAGGACCAUGGAAUAGCAAGGUAGCGGCUGGCUGCGUAGGUCUUUCCUGCACAAGACACCUCCCAUCUGUUGGGCCCCCCACCCAGCCAUGGCAGACCCAGGGAUGUUGAGUUUAUUUGGGGACGAUGCAGGCCUGUUCUCAGAUGGAUUAGAUAGUUUAGGAGACUGUUUUCCUCAACAGCCAACCCCAGGCCAAUCCACCACUCUACCCCGGCAGACUAAUCCCCCUCUCAACCAUGAACACCAGGGAAACCGGGGUUAUCACCAGGGGAUGCUCCUUGGUACUGGACCAGCACAACCUAAAUUGGGCCAAAUGUACGACCACAGCACCUACGCAGGCUAUGAACAGGCCGGUGCGCCCGGGGGGAGAAUGAUGUCUCAGAAUGGUCCUAGCCAGGGGCCACCAAAUGUCAAUGCAACAAUGAAUGGCAUGGCUUCCCACUACCACAAUAACCCUGCUAACUCAAGUAAUACCCGUCAUGGUUACCCAGGUGAUACUGGGGGUGGAGCAGGUGGAGCUGGUGUUUGGGGCCAGCAGCAUCAAAGUAGAUCACCAUAUCAACAGGCAACAGUGCAACCAGGGAGUGCCCCGAACCAGAUAGGAGCUUUCCAAAUGUCCCAAGGCAACUACGGAGGGAUGCAAGGCCAACCCACAGCCAAUGCAACUCGCAUCAGCCAACAUUACCCACCACAGAGCAUGGCUCACCAAGCCACUCAAGACCCAUCACACUACAUGGGACAUGUUGGAAUGGUGGGGGGUCAAAUGAGACACCCACAGCCACAAAGCCAGGGUUACCCCAAUAUGAGUCACACACCUAGAUUCCCACAUUCCCCCUCACGACAGUCUCCACAUCCUCAUCAACAUCAGCAAGGUAUGGGUGGGUUUGGGGGUGGCCAGUACCCAAGCUAUCAAGCUCAGUAUGGUGCCAUGGGUUCUGGGAUUGGCCAGGGUGCCAAUGCUACUGUCACUAGCAAUGCCAGCCCUGCUAUGGGACCUGGGCAGCUUGGCCAAAGGUUUAACCAAGGAUCCGGCCCAGCUUCUGGGCAACCUGGACAGCGAUACCCCCCUGGACCAUCCCACCAAACGCAUUCUGUCCAAAUGCAGCCACAGCCAACAGGGCAACAGGGCCAGCCUAUGCACCCCCUUAGCCACUCCCAGGCCCCAAGUCAACCCCAGUCCCACCUAGCACCCCCAGCUCAGGGAUCCUACCCUUCUCCCUCAUCAAUGUCCCCCAUGAGGGUUUUGGGAACCCCAACCCCUCCACCCCAACAGGUCAGGCCCCCUAGUGCAGGACUAGUUGUUCCCACAGAGGUUACUGCCUACACAGCCCUGCAGUCAACACCUAAUUCUAUCGCACAUCCUCAGAGACCUCCGCAAACGUCACUGUCUGCUCCACACCAACACCAGCAGACCCACAGUAUACCUCCCAACGCUGGGCAGAUUUACCCUGGCUUGGGACACCCGCAGCGUGGUCCCCAAAUUGGCCCAAAUCGGCCUCCGCUCCAGCCACAAGGGCCUCAUGAAGCACCUGUCAGCCAAGGGGGAGAUCAGCAUCUCCUCCAUUCCCAGCAACAAGCCUCUAGAAGUGGCCAGCCCAUCCAGCCUUGUCCUGUCGGUUUUCAGGGUCCAUCUGUCAAUCAACACGGAGCCCUGCCUAUGAACCAUGGUUUAUUGCCACCCACCCAAAACAUUCAGACGCAGCACACUCACCUGUCCCCCCACCCUCUACAGAGCACGCCCCCUGCCCCCAACCAGGUCUCCCACCAUUGGGCGCCGCCACCUUCUGCCUCCCACCCGCUCUCCUCACCCCCUACCACCCCACAGAAAGUGCCUAAUAUACAGCAUUCCCCGUUGGACCCAUCAGCCGAUGCCUCAAUGAUGGUUCCUGAUGGACUGACUGGCAGGACUGGUGAUGCUAGUCAGCCUAUCUGCACAGAGCAGCCCAGUGACCAGGAGACUAAGCCAAAAAAGAAGAAGAAAAAGAAAACAAAAGUAGAAGAUGGAGGACAGGAAGGAAAGAAGUGCAUGACAAAAGGAGGAGAUGAACAUUUCACGUCAGAAUUUCCUUUAACAGGGUGUGAGCAGGGUACUGGCAAAGGAAUUGGAGAUGGAAGUUUCCCACCUGUUGAGGAGAAGAAAAAACGGAAAAAGAAACCAAAGGAUAAGGCAGAGGGCAUUGAGGCCAAGGAGCCUAAGACCCCCAAGAUGCCGAAAACACCCAAGACCCCCAAGACUCCCAAAGAACCCAAGGAGAAGAAAGUCAAGAACUCUACACCCAAGGCCAAGAUGCCCAAGAAGUCCAGCAGUAAGAAAGCAGAGUCCGAAGAUGGCGCCAUUGCUGCCAAGAAGGAUUCCAAGAGGAAGCGACAGUCAUCAGUCAGUGAAGAUGUGGAGGUGAAGUCGCCGCCUCACUCACCUAUUGAAGAGGAGGAUGAGGAUGGUGUGCAGAAGCGCCGUUCCAGCCGUCAAGUGAAGAGGAAGCGGUAUACAGAAGACCUGGAGUUCCGAAUCUCGGAAGAUGACGACAGUGGAGACGAUUCACCUGCACCGAAGUCCCCAUCGUCAUCAAGCCAGCUGCAGGAUGUGGCUGAAGCUGAUGGGCCAGUUGUGGAGAAGAUCAUGGGUGUGCGUACGAGCAAGAAACAGCUGGAGUCACAGGAUGAAGCACAGGUUGAGGAGUUCUAUGUCAAGUUCAAGGGCUUCUCUUACCUCCACUGUCGUUGGGCAGAGUUGCAAGACCUGGAGAAAGACAAGCGAAUACAGCAGAAGGUCAAAAGGUUUAAGGCCAAGCAACUACUCAACACCUUUAUCACUGAGAUGGACGAUGAGCCUUUCAACCCAGACUAUGUGGAGGUAGACCGUGUCCUGGACAAUUCAGAGAGCACAGAUGAAAACGGAGAGCUGGUGACCUUAUAUUUGGUGAAAUGGUGCAGUCUACCCUACGAAGACUCCACCUGGGAACUCAAGGCAGAUAUUGACCAGUCAAAGAUAGAGGAAUAUGAACGUAUUGCAGCACGCACACCCAACACUAACAAAGUGGAUCGGCCUUUGGCUGCUGAAUGGGAAAAGUUAGAAGGGUCAAGGGAAUACAGGAAUGGCAACGCACUCAGGGAAUACCAACUAGAAGGCCUCAACUGGCUAACCUUCAACUGGUACAACUCACGCAACUGUAUAUUGGCUGAUGAGAUGGGUCUCGGAAAAACUAUCCAGUCCAUUACAUUCCUCUACGAAAUUUACAUGAAGGGCAUUCAGGGGCCAUUCUUGGUUAUUGCCCCACUCUCUACAAUUCCCAACUGGGAGAGAGAGUUCAGGACCUGGACUGAGCUCAAUGCUGUGGUCUACCAUGGCAGCCAGGCGAGCCGCAGAACCAUCCAGGCCUAUGAGAUGUACUUCAGAGACACGCAGGGUAAAAUAAUAAAGGGAGCGUAUCGCUUCGACGCUGUGAUAACCACCUUUGAGAUGAUUCUGGCCGACUGUCCGGAGCUUCGCAGCAUCCCGUGGCGCUGUGUGGUAAUAGAUGAAGCCCACCGACUGAAAAAUCGAAACUGCAAACUACUGGAAGGACUCAAGAUGAUGGACAUGGAACACAAAGUUCUGUUGACAGGGACUCCGCUGCAGAACACAGUAGAGGAGCUUUUCAGCUUACUCAACUUUCUGGAGCCAGAACGUUUCCCGUCUGAACAAACAUUCAUGACUGAAUUUGGAGACCUUAAGACUGAAGAACAGGUUCAGAAUCUGCAGGGCAUUCUGAAACCCAUGAUGUUGCGAAGACUAAAGGAGGAUGUCGAAAAGAACCUGGCACCUAAGGAGGAGACUAUCAUUGAGGUGGAGCUCACCAACAUCCAGAAGAAAUACUAUCGAGCCAUUCUGGAGAAGAACUUCUCCUUCUUGUCGAAAGGGGGUGCAGGAGGAGGAGGGGGAGGUGGUGGUGGAGGAGGGGGGGGUGUCCCCAACCUCCUCAACACCAUGAUGGAGCUAAGGAAAUGCUGCAACCACCCCUAUCUCAUUAACGGGGCGGAGGAGAAGAUCAUUGAGGAGUUUCGGGACUCUCACAGUGGAACAGACAUGCCAGAUAUGCCCCUCCAAGCGAUGGUCCAUGCUGCUGGCAAGCUAGUGCUCAUUGACAAACUACUGCCUAAACUGAAGGCCGGCGGUCACAGAGUCUUGGUAUUCAGUCAAAUGGUCCGCUGCCUGGAUAUUUUGGAGGAUUAUCUCAUCCAGAAACGCUAUCCCUAUGAGCGUAUCGAUGGCAGAGUUCGUGGUAAUCUGCGGCAGGCAGCCAUAGACCGGUUCUCCAGGCCGGAUUCUGACCGAUUUGUCUUCCUGCUGUGUACGAGAGCCGGCGGACUCGGCAUUAACUUGACUGCAGCAGAUACUUGCAUUAUCUUUGAUUCUGACUGGAACCCUCAGAAUGACCUGCAGGCCCAGGCAAGAUGCCAUCGUAUCGGCCAAUCCAAAGCUGUCAAAAUCUAUCGGCUAAUCACCAGGAACAGUUAUGAGAGGGAGAUGUUCGAUAAGGCCAGUCUGAAGCUGGGUCUGGACAAGGCUGUCCUACAGAGCAUGAGUGGCCGCGAGAAUGCCAACAGCGGGGUUCAGCAAUUGUCCAAGAAAGAGAUUGAAGACCUGCUGAGAAAGGGAGCAUAUGGUGCUCUCAUGGAUGAAGAGGAUGAAGGCUCCAAAUUCUGUGAGGAAGACAUUGACCAGAUCCUUCAGAGGCGUACCCACACCAUAACCAUAGAGUCUGAGGGCAAAGGUUCUACCUUCGCCAAGGCCAGUUUUGUUGCACCCGGUAACAGAACAGACAUUUCUCUGGAGGAUCCUGACUUCUGGCAGAAAUGGGCCAAGAAGGCAGAACUAGACCUGGAUGCCAUCAAUGGACGGAACACACUGGUAAUAGACACACCAAGAGUGAGAAAGCAGACGCGUCACUACAGCAGUGUGAAAGAGGACGAGAUGAUGGAGUUCUCAGAGCUGGAGAGUGAAGAGGAUGAACCCAGCAGACCCAUGACCAAACAACGACGGCCCCAAGACAAAGUCCAGGGCUACCCGCGAUCUGAGUGCUUCAGAGUAGAGAAGAACCUUCUCGUCUACGGUUGGGGUAGAUGGAGUGACAUCCUGGCUCAUGGCCGCUUCAAGCGCCCCUUAAAGGAGGCUGAUGUGGAGACAAUCUGCCGAGCGCUUCUAGCAUACUGCCUGUUGCAUUACCGUGGAGAUGAGAACAUCAAAAGCUUUAUAUGGGACCUGAUCACCCCGAGCGAAGAUGGCACAACCAAGACAUUGAGCAACCACUCGGGUCUGUCAACACCAGUACCUCGAGGCAGAAAGGGCAAAAAAGGGAAACCCACUGCCCCAGCCCCACAGACACCAAGAGCGGAUUGGCUUGCCAGCUGUAAUCCCGAUCAUCUACUGCAAGAGGAUAGCUACAAGAGACACUUGAAGCAUCACUGUAACAAGGUGUUGCUGAGGGUGAGAAUGUUGUAUUAUCUGAGACAGGAAGUCAUCGGAGAUCAGGCUGAACGCAUCCUGGAUGGAGCCGACUCCAGUGAGUUAGAUGUCUGGAUUCCCCAGCCAUUCCAUGCGGAGGUCCCCACAGACUGGUGGGACAGUGAGGCAGACAAAUCCCUGCUCGUUGGUGUCUUCAAACAUGGCUAUGAAAAGUAUAACUCCAUGCGAGCUGACCCCACCCUGUGUUUUUUGGAGAGAGUGGGUAUGCCUGACGCCAAGGCUAUCGCCGCUGAGCAGAGGGGUAAUGAUAUGAUGGCAGAUGGCGCCGAAGGUGAGGAUGAGGAUCCAGAAUACAAGCCACUUCGGAUGUCGUUUAAGGAUGAAAUGGAUGAUUUUACCAACUCUCCACUUGAUGAUACUGGGGAAGGAGAAGCAGAGGGUAAAUCUGAUGAAAACGGUCAUGGUGUGCCUUCCAUGGGUGGCGCCGCAAGUUCCAACGAGCGACUCUAUUGGCCGGCUGCCUCGGCCCUGACUGCCCGCCUGCGCCGCCUCAUCACCGCCUACCAGCGUUCCAAUCGCAGAGAGCAACUUCGCCAGGAGGCCCUCAACAGACCUGAUGGGCGCAGGAGACGACGCCGGGACUUCCUGCCUACCAUUGCGAUGGUUACAGAGGCAGCAGCAGCAGGAGGAGCAUCCUAUAUCCAAGAUCCAGCAACGGUGUUCAUGGCUGAAGGAACCCCGUACCUGGCUAAAGGAAGUGCUUAUUUUGCUAAAGGUGGGCAAUUUAUAACAGAUGAGUCAUCAAUGUUGACCACAAGUGCCCUGAUGACUGACGGAGCCAUGUACUAUAAGGAAAGAAGACAAAGGUGGACUCGUCGUGAGGAGGCUGACUUUUACCGUGUUGUGUCCACAUUUGGUGUGGUCUUUGACACCCAAUGUCAGAAAUUUGACUGGACGCAAUUUAGAGCCUUUGCCCGAUUGGACAAAAAGACAGACGAGAGUCUGGAGAAAUAUUACUAUUCCUUCAUUGCAAUGUGCAAACGCGUCUGUCGCAUGCAGGUCAAAACUGACACAGAACUCCCUGACCCAACACUGAUCAUCGACCCCAUCACAGAGGAACGUGCUUCCCGUACUUUGUAUCGAAUCGAAUUGCUUCGUCGCAUCAGAGAACAGGUUCUCCCUCAUCCGCUGCUCUCUGAACGCCUCAAACUCUGUCAGCCCUCGCAAGACCUCCCAGAGUGGUGGGAGUGUGGGCGCCAUGACAGGGACCUCCUCAUUGGGGCCUCAAAGCACGGUGUAAGUCGAACAGAUUAUCACAUCCAAAAUGAUCCUACCUUGGCCUUUCUGGAGGCCCACCAGCGCAUUCAUGGCCAGCGAGGGAAUGUCAGCAUGGGCGAACUCUGCAAAGGUGGCAUAGGAGCAGCAGAGAGCAGCCCUUUAGCUCUCUUCACGCCUGCAGAGCUGGCUAGUGUUGUAGCUUCUGCUGAAAUAACCAUUAGUACUGCUAGAGGGGAGGGAACCCAGGUAAAAAGUGAGGAUUCAAGGACUGAAGUUAAAAUGGAGGCUGAUGAAGAGGAUGCCAGUGGUGUCGUGUGUAUAAAGACUGAAACGCCGAAAACAAUUGAGGAACAUGUUCAAGAUGAAACGGAGGCCGCAGCUUCACCAGUGUCAGAUGUUAAAGAUGAGACUGAACCAAUCGCAGAAAAAGAUUCAAGCGGGGAGGUGAACGAGAACACUGAGAAUGUUUCCAAGCAUACUGAACAAGACGAAGAAAUAAUUGAAGAGGAGCCACGUGAGGCACGUGAGGCUCCUGUUGACUCCGUUAGGGAACAGGCGACAUCGGACGUCCCAGAAGAUCCUGAAGCACAAACGGGUCACAGUGCUGCGGAGGACGAAGACCGAGUGGAGAGCGAGGCCUGCAAGUCUCCAAAGUCUCCAAAGUCACUUGACGCAGAGAAAAGCCCGGAAGACGAAGAGGAGGAGCGGAUGGAUGAAGAUGACAAAUCGGAGAAAUCCUCGCAGGCUGAAGCGAGCGCUGUGUCUGAGCAGAAGAACUUUGACGAAGAGAGCAUUGCAUCUUUGAGUACGUCCGCUCGAGAUGAAACCAGAGAUGGCUUUUGCCCUGAUGACCUGCCAGAAACUUCUGCCUUGCAGGCCUUACAGGACAGAGCCUAUGCCUUCACACUCUGGCCAAAGGACCGAGUGAUGAUUAACAGGAUGGACAACAUCUGUGAGGCUGUCCUAAAGGGCAAGUGGCCUGUCAACAGACGCCACAUCUUUGACUUUCCUAGCAACCUGUUGCCAGGUCAUGGCUCCGCAAUAACCACAGCAGCAGUAGCCACAGCAACAGAGAGCUCGUUGCAGAGGCGAAGUUUGGGCGAGCUAACAAUGGCCGGGAUCCACACCCCGUACGGCGGGAUCGAAGAUAAAACUCUUUCACCGCAGGUUCAUGACGAUCCGCUCGGCCUAACGGUGCCUCGGCAGAGGAGGAGGAGGAGGCGGAAGAUCGAGAUUGAGGCAGAAAGAGCAGCCAAGAGGCGCAACCUGAUGGAGAUGGUUGCUCAACUGAGAGAGAGCCACGCUACCCUGGAGUCCCAGAGUCAAGCUAUCGAUCUCACCAAGGCUAUGCACCAUCAACACAAGAGCUCACCCUCGUUGGCUGGCUUCUCCAGUGCUCUGGUGACAAGCCCCUCCCUAAAGGCCCAAAUGGAGCUUCUGCAGCAAGCCCCGCCCUCCGCACACAGAGCCAAUGGUUCGCUGGAAGCUGACCUGCCAAUGAUGAGGAGGCGGCGAGGACGCAGGAAAAAUGUAGAGGGCAUGGAGCUGCUAUUCAUGGGCAACAAAAGAGCUGGAGGGGAGGAUGGUGAUGGCACAAAGGUUUUAAGUGGGGAAAGCGGUCAGGAUGCCGGCCGUGCUCACAGGCCGCUCACGGUCUCGGAGCAGAGCCCCAGUGGAAGAUCUCUUGCAUCCGGUAGUAUGGAGGAGGAAGAUGCAACAGUUUCCAACAAAGAACUGGGGGAGUGGCUGAGGCAGCACCCGACGUACACUAUGGACAUGUCUGGAUUCACACCAAAGAACGAAGAGUUACUGCUAUCUCAGUUCUCAAAACCCAAGCAAAAGCGUCAUCGCUGUCGAAACCCCAACAAGAUCGACAUUAACACCCUGACGGGAGACGAGCGAGUGCCUGUCGUCAACCGACGUAAUGGACGCAAGAUGGGUGGGGCCAUGGCUCCCCCAAUGAAGGAACUUCCCAGAUGGUUAUUGGAAAACCCCGAAUUUUCAGUUGCACCCGAUUGGACAGAUAUCGUCAAACAGUCGGGUUUUCUCCCAGAAUCCAUGUUUGACCGGCUGCUGACAGGUCCUGUAGUUCGGGAAGAGGGUGUCCGUCGUCGGGGACGACGGCCCAAAUCCGAGAUAGCCAAAGCGACGGCCGCCGCCCAGGCGGCCGCGGCGGCUCAGGCCGCCCAGGCCUCGCUGGCCACUGCUGCUUCGUCAGCUGGCGGCAUCAACCCUCUGCUGCUUAACAGUCUGUUCGGAGGGAUGGAUCUGUCCUCCCUGCAGAGCCUCCAGUCUCUGCAGUUGGCUGCCGGUCUCAUGGCUUUCCCUACCACCGCUGACCCCAAGCAGGCGGCCGCCGCUGCCUCCAUGCUGCCCCUCAUGCUGCCAGGCAUGGGAGGCUUGCCCAACAUGGCCGCAGCUAUACCAAACAUGUUCAGCCUCGGCGGGCUUUUUGGCGGAAACCUGGCGACGGCCGCUGCUGCUUCUAACUCCGCGGCGGCCUCCGCGUCGAGGAACAUUAAUGGCGCCGUGGAUGGAGAUGGGAGAGAAGGCGAAGCAGCGAAGAGGAAGAGGAAGGAAGAGGAUAAAGAUGGGGGAGAUGGUGACGAGGGGGGAGAAAAGGAGGAUGAGGAGGAAGCUGACGGUAAUGAAGGGGAAAAUAUCGCAAAGAAGAUGAAAAUUGACAAAGAGGAUGAGGAAGGUGGAGAGAAGAUGGAGAAAUCCCAAAGCAAUAGGAGUUCAGCCCCUCAAAUGCCGGCUCCGUGUUCUCCAGCUGACUCCUCCGUCAAUGGCGAAGCCGCCGCCCUGCUCGCUGCUGCCGGCAUGUCGGCCAAUUCUCUGGCAUUCAACCCUUUCCUCCUCUCCACCAUGGCCCCCGGACUCCUCUACCCCUCCAUGUUCCUACCUCCGGGCCUCGGGGGACUCGGCCUGCCCGGCUUCGCAGCCACCUCCACCUUGGCUGAGCUUCAGAGUGCCGUGGGCGCGCUGGGGGGCAACACCGCGGCCGCAAAGCCUUCGAGAGACGACGCGGCGGAGGGGCUGAAAGCGGCGGACGAGGAGAACGGGAAUGAUCAAGAGGAGGAGGCGCGAGGGGGUGAGAGUGACUUGGCUGAGGAGAGCGCAGCUGCAAAGGGGAACAGAAGUGAAGCUGAGGAAUCGCUUGUGGAGGAUGGAGGGAUGAUAGGAGAUGAGCAAGAGGAUUAGAGUGAUUGAAGGACUGAAAUAAUGCUAAAACUGACAGUGGCAGUGGACGUUUCCUCACAUCUGACCCUUCCCCUCCCUUUUAGUCUCCUCCCCGCCACCUUUACAUGCUUCCACCAACGCAUUAUUUUUUAUUUUUUUUUCCCCCCUCUGUGUCCAAUAGGCACGAGGUGUGUGUUAAGUUAAAUCUGAUCGUUAGGGUAGUCACAGCUCACCUCAUGUUCGAAGACUGUUGGCCAGUUUGCAUCGCGUUUUGGUCUUCACAAAGUCCAGUAGUGCUACUAUUUCUAUUAUUGUCAUUAUGGCCAGGGUUGCGAGGACCUGUUCAUAGCUGCUCGCAGCUCUAAUUAUUAUUAUUAUUAUUAUUAUUAUUGCUGCUGCUUUCAGCUUUUGAACAUUGUUUGAGUUCAACUUCUCAUGCUUGUAUGGACUACUCGUUUGUGGGAAGCCUCUCAUCAAUCGAGAAGAAAUGUCAGCUGAAGCUUCUGCAAGAGGAAUUGUGGGUAAUGGAGUCAUGUACCUUAUUAUUGUAGUUUUCCCACAUCGGACUCUUGAGGAUAAGCGGAGCAACCUGACUACUACCACACACGCACAACCUACCAGCCUACCACUACACCCACUGUAGCCCUAAAUAGCCUCCUGUAAAGUGGCAGGACCCACUCACCCUCUUCCCUUUAGCUGUGUGUGUGUGUGUGCGCGCGCGUGUGUAUGAGUCUACACACAGGCUGACCUUAUACUGUUAACCCCUGUCCCACACUGUUUGAUUACCAGUUCUGAGUCUUUCCACUGUCAGUCUCCAAAUCCUGUCUUCUCACUUGGAAGGGAGCUAGUUCGUAGCGCGACGAAGGCAGACUGUCCGGGUCCGCCGCCUGUCGAGCUCCGGAGGGAGGGGGGGGGGCGGGGGGCGACUAGCCACGCCGCUGACGGCUCCUGUGAAUGAAUUUGGAGCCACAUAGGGAUGUUUCAGGUUCUUUGAGGUGGAUGUUCACGUUUUGUCCUGUCCCACCCUGCUAGUUUGCGACCACCUGCUGCUCCCCUCUCUUAAUUAAGACUGUUGCUCUAGUCACACACACUGACACCAGACCUGGCCAGAACAGGACUGAAACAUGUUCUAACGAUAUGAAGGUCAACUCUGGGUAUUUGAGUUGACAGGUUUUUGUUUUUGUUCGUUUUUUUUUUUUUUUUUA